CCUGAGGCCUGACCGAAUGGAAAACGCCCGGCUUCUGUUUCCACCAGGUGGACAUCCCAAGCUUGGGCCCCAGCUGGACAUGAGGCCAGAAACGGGGCCCGCGGUGAAGUAAUGCAGCCCCAACAGGCCCGAGGAGCCGAGAGGGGAAGAGACAGGAAAGGCAGCGCCUGGUGACGCUCACAACCUCCCUCCAAUUGCUAUUUUCAAAGUCUUUGAGGAAGUCUCUGAAGUGAAGAACAAGAUGUAGGAAAAUGGGACUCGCUCCGGGGUGCCCUGAGCCUCAAACCCCCAUUCUUGGCCCAGAAACUCACCUUGACCUCAGGGAGGGUUGUGGGCACGCUCCUUUCUCCUGGUCUCAGUCCAAGGCUGCACCUCCCUGUCCCCUCUGGUCCUGGCAGUCACCUUCACAGAGGGGAUAAGAGUGAACAUCCCAGAGAUUCCAUCCCUAAGGAAGGCUCAGGAACCCCAGCCCCCUCAUCUCUUCCCCAGCCUCCAGCUAAGCCCAAAGAGCCAGUCCGGAAUGACCCCACUAUGGCCAAGCUCUGGUUCAAAUUCCAGCGGUACUUCCGCCGGAAACCCGUGCGCUUCUUUACCUUCCUGGCGCUCUACCUGACGGCCGGGAGCCUCGUCUUCCUUCACUCCGGCUUCGUGAGCCAGCCGGCUGCUCCCCAGAACCAGGCCAACCCUGCCGCGGGGGCCCCAGCCGAGGGCGCGGAGCUGCCCUUCCUGGGCGACUUGCACCUGGGCAGAGGCUUCCGGGACACCGGUGAAGCCUCAAGCAUCACCCGCAGGUACGGCCCCUGGUUCAAGGGCAAGGACGGGAAUGAGAGAGCCAAGCUGGGUGACUAUGGUGGAGCCUGGAGCCGAGCCCUCAAGGGGAGGGUUGUCCGGGAGAAGGAGGAGGAACGAGCCAAGUACAUCGGCUGCUAUCUGGAUGAUACCCAGAGUCGGGCUCUGCGAGGCAUGUCCUUUUUCGACUACAAAAAGAUGACUGUCUUCCGUUGCCAGGACAACUGUGCAGAACGGGGCUACCUGUAUGCUGGGCUGGAGUUCGGCGCCGAGUGCUACUGUGGCCACAAGAUCCAAGCGGCCAACGUGAGCGAGGCCGAGUGCGACAUGGAGUGCAAGGGCGAGCGGAGCAACGUGUGUGGCGGCGCCAACCGCCUCUCCAUCUACCGGUUGCAGCUGGCUCAGGAGUCGGCCCGCAGGUAUGGAAGCGCGGUAUUCCGAGGCUGCUUCCGCAGGCCUGACAACCUCUCCCUGGCCUUGCCUCUGACGGCUGCCAUGCUGAACAUGUCCGUGGACAAGUGUGUGGACUUCUGCACUGGGAAGGAGUACCCACUGGCAGCCCUCGCGGGCACGGCCUGCCACUGUGGCUUCCCCACCACGCAAUUCCCCCUCCACGAGCGAGAGGAUGAGCAGCUGUGUGCCCAGAAGUGCAGCGCCGAGGAGUUUGAGAGCUGUGGGACGCCCAGCUACUUCAUUGUGUACCAGACGCAGGUGCAAGACAACCGCUGCAUGGACAGAAGGUUCCUCCCAGCCAAGUCCAAGCAGCUCAUUGCGCUGGCCAGCUUCCCAGGGGCCGGCAACACCUGGGCUCGCCACCUCAUCGAGCUGGCCACAGGCUUCUACACUGGCAGCUACUACUUCGACGGCUCCCUCUACAACAAAGGCUUUAAAGGCGAGCGUGACCACUGGCGCAGCGGGCGGACCAUCUGCAUCAAGACGCACGAGAGUGGCCAGAAGGAGAUCGAGGCCUUCGAUGCCGCCAUCUUGCUCAUCCGGAACCCCUACAAGGCCCUGAUGGCGGAGUUCAACCGCAAGUAUGGCGGCCACAUCGGCUUUGCCGCCCACGCCCACUGGAAGGGCAAAGAGUGGCCGGAGUUCGUGAAGAACUAUGCCCCAUGGUGGGCCACCCACACGCUGGACUGGCUCAAAUUUGGCAGGAAGGUGCUGGUGGUACACUUCGAGGACCUGAAGCAGGACCUCUUCGUCCAGCUGGGCCGGAUGGUCCGCCUACUGGGUGUGGCCGUCCACGAGGACCGGCUGCUCUGCGUGGAGAGCCAGAAGGACGGUAACUUCAAGCGCUCGGGGCUCCGGAAGCUCGAAUAUGACCCCUACACGGCAGACAUGCAAACGACCAUCUCCACCUACAUCAAGAUGGUGGACGCGGCCCUGAAAGGCAGGAACCUCACAGGCGUGCCCGAUGACUACUACCCGAGAUGA